UAAAUAAAGAGGAUCUUCAUUGAUGUUCAUGUGCUCAUUUAGUUAUCGCGCCUCGGUCCGCCUAUGUGGUCAACUAUAGUGUUGACCGCUUUUUGUUACGCAUAAUGUGUAUGCGGGGCGUUAGCUGGACGCCUCACGUCUAGGCCCGCUUAGGAGGCGCCUUUUGGCGUGUUUUAGAACACUACUUCUAGCCCAUUUUUAGUCUCAUUUUUGGAAAAUAGAAAAAAAAAAAAGGUUCAUUUUUUGUUCAUAGCUAUUUUUUUAGUAUUAUUAUAGACAUAACCCCGACCCUAUUAUAAACUCUCAUACCUUAGAGAGGUCAUUUAUCUAGUUUAUACCUUAUAGUAGUAACUUAAUACGGAUUAAAAAAGUUUUAAGUAGAGUACCGAUUUUUUUUUUUUUUUUUUUUUUUUUUUUUUUUUUUUUUGCGAUCAAAGGAGUAUAUUAAUAAAACAACGGAGGUUUACAAUCCUCUUUCAAAAGCUCAACAAUCUGGAAAGGUGCAUCAAGUAUUAAAAUCAUCUCUUCAGCAUUAUCCUUGACUAAUUUAGCUAGUUGAUGAGCUACCUGGUUACCCUCCCUUCUAACCAAACUGAACUGUGCAUCAGAGAAAACAGAGACCAGGUCUUUCACCUCCUGUAGCAGAAUUCCAAAACGUGAAGCAUCUCUUCCUGGAUUACACAAGCCGGUCGUGAGUGAUGCACAGUCGCCUUCAAUAAUGAUUGGCAUGUUAAUCUAGGCUUUACCUCAAUACUCCGUACAAAUUUUUCAUCCUGAUGAGGAACUCAAAAAAUGAAACUUUCUCUUGUUUGGCAAGGGAAAAAUGAUACGAAAUUGAAAGAAUAAACACACGGAGUCUACUAAGCAACCUCUCCUUUAAUGCUAAAAAGGAACCUAUAACUUGACUUUUUCUUCAUUUUUUCAAAUUAAUCAUUUUUAUGCUAUAUUUAUGUACUCCAUUCCUGUUUAACUUCUCUUUUGAUUUGACAUAAUUGGUAAAAAUGUGAACAAUGUACAGUUAUUACUCGUUUAGAGAUGUGGCUGUUUACAUACAUCAACCAAAUUAAAAACUUAUUUCUAGAGAUGUUCUUACUUUAAUAAUACUUCUCUCUUACAAAACCCUUUCAUAAUCCACUUCAUUUCACACCAUUUUAUCUGUCCCAUGAUCUUUUCUCUCUUAUUUCUCUCUUCUCACUUUCUUUUCCUACCGAAAAACUCAGAGUGUGUUCUCAAAGGAGAUACUGAGAUGGACAACAAGCCAAGCGUUGGGAGUAAUGAGGUUUUAAUACUAGUGGCUGUUUGUCUCCUCUUGUUUUUAUCUGUAGGAAUUAUGGUUAAUCACCACCAGCAGCAGAAAUUAGCUAAAGAUCACAUUGAGAUAAUCACGAUGAUCAUGAUGAUUAUUGGGCCUCUCCCCCCUUGGGAUAUUGUAAUGAUUUGGAAGAUGAUGAGAAAUUAUUAUUCUUUUCAUCAUUACUACCACACUUAUAAUUCUAUCAACAACGUGAGCAGAAGACAAGUACCCAGUGGACCAAAUCCCAUUCACCACAAGGACAUACCACAUUGAGUUCUGGAAAAGCUUGAAUUUAGGUGAUGGAUGAACGAAGGUUUGAAUUGAAUUCGUCGGAAUCGAGAAUUAAGAUACAAGGAGUCGAUCAUUUGGAAAUAAUUAAGUUAGUAUUUUGGCAUGGACAUAUAUAUUGAAAAUAAAUUUCCAUUUGGAAUUGGAUGUGUAAAAAAGUAGUUGAAAUUAAAUUGUUACGUAGUGUUAAAUAAUAUAAAAAAGUGUGCAUUUACUAAAAUAUUUG